CUCUCCCGAUGUGCAAGUGGCCACUCUCAGGUUUGUCAAGAAACUGAUGGUGAGCCUCACACCUGCUGAGAUGAGUGAACUACUGCCUGCUGUAAUGUCUCAGAAGAACAACAAGCGGGUUGAGUUUCGACAAGAGGUCUAUGACAUCGUGUCCUGGCUGUACGAUAAUUACAAACUGUUGAGAGACGAGAGAGCGCAGGCCCUGAUGAAGGAGGCUCAGACUGUACUUGUUGCUGGAUUGACUGAUCCAGACAAACAAUUGCGGGACAAACUCUAUGAGUUCUGGACUGUCAAUGACCACCUUGCACAAAACAACAGUUGCAGUCGUUUGGUGGAUAUCCUCAGGAAAUUGUACUCUCCUUCGUGUGAAGAUAUGUUUCUACCAAUCGUCAUUAACCUCUUGCUCCAGAUCUGUGAACAGACAAAUGAGUUUAACCAGAACAUCUUUGAUAAUCCAUUGGAGAAUUGUGCCUUUGAAAAAUAUCAUGUGUCAGGAUCGUGGCGCACUCAACAUGCUGCACUUGUUCCGAUGUUUGCCGACACACUGGCCAGCCAACUGUCCUCGUCCUCUCUUGAUUCUCUGGACUCUCUCUCCAACAUCCAAUUCCAGUUGAGGGCUACACAGUCACAGUCCUCCUUGUACUCCUCCAGUCUCAUAGUGUCAAUGUCAGGCAGUGAUGAUGAAGAGGCUAGUCUGUACAGUUUCGGAGGCCAGAGUACAUCAAUGAGUCGUUCAUUUAAACAGGGAAAAGACUUUGGGUCUCGUCUCCUCACACCGAUCGACACAACAGAUGGAGGCUCACAGACACAGUCGCCAAAACCGACACUUCAACGCAAAAGAUUGCUGAAGGACCAGAACAAGGUGGGCCGUCAGAUGGCCAGGGAGAACACGGCCAAGGCGGACAGGCAGGAGCGGUUGCUGGCAGAGCGAGUGAAACGGAGGGAGGGAGAGGUGCGACUCACUCGAGAAUAUCGGAAGGGUGACUUUCCUGACAUUGAAAUACCACGUUGCAGUGUCAUCAGAGCUCUGCAGACAUUGGCCAGGAGAGACCAGUUGGUAGCAAGACAGCUGCUGGUGUGUCUGUACAAGGGACUGGAGAAGACACAGGAGAAUAUAGCCGGACUGUCAGCUGCCCUAGAUAACAUUCUGAAAACCUCCACCAGACACUUGCCUAUACUAAUGGCCUCUGUGCUGGAGAUGUGCCUGGUCAGACCUGAACACUGCCUUACCCCCACAGCCACCAUUACUGAUGUGUGCAAGAACAGCCACCAGAUGUCUCUAGGAGUGUUGUUAAUAGAAGCCAAGCUGAUGGCUAACAGCGGUAGGCAGCCUCCUACCAAGAGAGCCCGAGGCAGCGCCCAUGCAGAUGACUGGGUGUACCUCGCAGAGAUAUACCACAGUAUGGAAGAAAAGGAUGUGGUGCAAGGCCUGUUUGAGGACAAGAUUGCUGAGGCAUGUGCUAACUCUGUGAGGGAGGCUCUGCAGGUUGAGGAUGAGAGGCGUUGGAAGUUUGCUUUGCAGCUUUACACCCAAUCUCUGCCAAACAGCAAAGACAGUCCUGCAGAGAACUUUCUGUACGAGGCUUGUUUCAAGUGCUUCGCUCACCUGUCAGAUUGGACAAAAUUGAAUGACACCUUGAAGAAAGUUCAGCUGGAGGGUGUACUAGAUGAUAUUUGGACUGAUGACUGGAACAAAGACCACCUUUUGCCCUGGCUGUUCCUGUCGGAGAUCCACUGUACGCAGAACACCAGUGUGCUGUCUGUGGCAGACGACUUCAACAGGGCCUUGUCACAAUGGCUGGCUGACAACCAGAAGUCUGAACAUAUCAGGUCACACCUGGGGGAGUAUCUGAGUGUCAUAGAAAUAGUAAAGGAUGACGUACAGCGAAGUAAGAUGACCUGCGAGAAUAGUCUCCUGCAGUUCCUGAGUACGUGGCAACAGUUGGACUCUCUUUCCAACAACCUGCGAUCCCACCACCUGCUCAGUUUGCAAUCCAUUAUGGACAUCCAUCACUUUCUAUCACUACCGUCCACUGCGUCAGGUGACUGGGCCAACAAAGUUAACCGCCUUCUGGAUCAGUGGAACAAGACUGACCCUACAGCCAGAGAUGAUCUCGUCGCCUGGGAGACACGGGCCGUGUAUAGGAAUAUAUUUGCUUCUAAACUGGAGCCCAGUGCAACAGUGGAGAGUCUCAAGAUGAAACUAAAACGUUUUAAGGCUGAAACUCAACUGAAGAUUGUGAAGUGUGCUUUGGAGCAGCGGAACUUUUAUGUCACCUCUAAGUACACGGGGAAAACUAAACACGAGGUGAGCGUUGUAGCAGAUAGAAACUGGUGGGAACUGUACAAUUCCAGAUGUUUUCUGCUCAGGGCUCAGCUGGAGCGGGAUCCCACCAGCCUUAAGGUGCAGAAGACUCUAAAUGCUUGGGAAGGCAUCAAGAGGUUACAAGGAAGAAAUUCAACAAUGGGCCUGGAGGCUUCGCUAAGUCUAGCCCUCCUUUAUCACACUGCCGAGUUCUACUCAACAUUGCUGUGUGUAGUACAGAAGGCUCCUGCUGUGGUGGACCAGUUGGCUGAAGAUGUGAGACAGAGGCUAGACCAGCACCUAGACCCUACAGCGGGGGAUAUCCCGUCCCAGCUGAAGACCCAAGUGUUCAACUGCUUGCAACAAGCUGUAGGAGUGGCCCAACGAGCCGAUAGUCUGGCCGACUCGUACUUCAGACUGGUUCGCUUCUGUCACAAGCAAGAAGAUCCAAUGUACCAUGCUGAACUGAUAAAGUCACUGCUGAGGGCAAUGAAGCAUGGCUCAGCGGAGGCUCGAAGGCUCUUUCCUUGCUUAUUGGAGCUCCCAUUGCUUCUUCACAAGGAUCUGUUCAUCAAUGAAAGUAGCCAAGUACCUGAGUGGAUGUUUCUGACUUGGGUGAGUCAACUGUUGGCUAGCCUGGACACAGAGAUAGGGAGCGUGUUGGCACGACUGCUGGUACAGCUGGCCACUGUCUACCCGAAGGCUCUACAGUUCCCCUUCCAGCUCAGCUGUGAGAUGUACAAACACGACUACCCCAUCACCAACCUCACAGUAAACAGUUUGAAACCUCUGCUGGCCCUGGACACCCAAACUGCAACGACAGUCCAAGCCUUGGCUUGUGUCUGCCAACCACAUUACUGUCUGGCCUAUCAUCUGGACAGGCUGAUUACGGCUCUGGCUCAGGACACGGAUUCAAUUAAUGAGAUAUAUCUCCAGAUGAAGACCGAAGCAUACCCGCCUGAAGGAGGGGAUAGAAUAAAAGGCAGGGCCUUCAGUGACUUGAAAAAAUUCACUGUUGAAAUUGAGGAAGUAAUAACUAAGUACUUUAAGAAAAAGUUGACAAAAGUGCAGUGUGAAAACAUGCUGAAAGAGAAGCUGGAGGCUGUGAAACUGGAUAAUAAAAGUAAAGAAACAGAGAUCAAGCGAAACAAGCGGAUAGACCUAGCAAGUUUCAGUCCGUGGCUGGCCGACGGGUAUGAGGGUGAGGUAGAGAUUCCGGGACAGUACACUGGCGAGAGCAGACCUCUGCCCCAGCAACACGUCACCAUCGUGGGGUUCAAGCGUCAUGUACAAUCUCAAAACUCACUUCGAGCCCCAGUUCAAGUGACAGUUCUGGGCAAUGACGCCAAGGAUCACCGACUCCUGGUCAAGUUCGGAGAGGAUCUGCGGCAGGAUCAGAGGAUACAGCAGUUGUUUGUGUUGAUGAACCACCUGUUGCGUGAGGAUGCUGCUGCUAGCCGAAGUGGACUCUCAGUGGACACUUACAUGGUUUCUCCCUUAAAUAGCAGGCUUGGUGUGAUUGAGUGGGUGGAUAAAACUAUUCCCUUGCGUCAUUUUAUGGUGAGAGGUAAAGAACUAGAAGAUAAAAA